AGUAUACUUAUCAAUCUUUUCGAAGAAAGCACACUCUUUUUACCUUGACAUACAAUUUUCGGCCUCUGCUUCUUUACCACUAUUUUGAUGAGAGAGGAUCUUCAACUGUAUUUCUUAACAACUGAAUCAGUAUGGGGCAUACAACUACAGCGCCGCCUAUAGCCAAAGAAACCUCUAAGAAGGGAACGGACUUGCCUAGCUGGCACAAAUAUGUCAUUCUCUUUACCGUCAGCUUCAUGUGUCUGGCUGCCACAUUCUCGAGCACAUGUCUAUAUCCAGCAACCCCAGAGAUAGCCGCCGAGUUCGGCACUACAGCAGAGCACAUCAAUGUUACCAACGCCGGAGUAUUACUAGCCAUGGGAUCAUCAAGUCUGUUAUGGGCACCGAUUGCUAGGACAUUAGGAAGACGGACAGCCUACAAUGCUGCUAUCGCAGUACUGUUCUUAUGCUCAAUAGGCACGGCGUUGUCGAUAAACAUGGCUAUGUUUACGGCUAUGAGAGUUCUUGCUGGAUUUCAAGGAACAUACAAUAUGGUUGCUGGCCAAACCAUCAUCGCCGACAUCUUCGACCAAAAAAGAAGAGGUACAGCCGUCGGCUUCUUCAUGGUUGGUUCCGUGCUGGGACCUGCCAUUGGCCCUCUUGUUGGAGGAAUUAUUGUCACCUUCGCGUCUUGGAGAAUCAUCUUCUGGGUACAGACAGGCAUGGUCGGCUUAGGAUUGGUUCUAUCCUUGCUCUUCGUCCCUUCCAUCGCACAACCACACCAAAUCACCGAGAAGCCUAGUUUGAAACUCUGGGGCAAGUCGCAGGUCGAGAUGCUCAAAGUGUUUACUCUUCUUAUCUAUCCUAAUGUCUUCUUUGCGGAUCUUGCAUGUGGAUUACUUGCUUGGACCCAGUACUCCCUACUAGCAGCGCCACGCCACUUAGUCAACCCACGCUUCAAUCUGACAUCUCCGCUCGUCUCCGGUCUCUUCUACAUCGCUCCAGGCGCCGGCUUCCUCCUCGGGUCCAUCGCUGGCGGUCGUUUUUCCGAUAUGACCAUGGCCAAAAAGAUAAUGCAACGAGGAGGCAAACGUGUCCCACAAGAUAGACUCAACAGCGGUCUCAUCGCCUUCUUCCUCAUCAUCCCUGCUUCCCAGCUCAUCUACGGCUGGUGUUUACAAUAUGAUGUCGGGGGCUUAGCUUUGGCCAUCGUGGCGGCCUUUUUCACCGGUGCGGGAUUGAUGGCGGCGUUUAGCUCGUUGAAUACUUAUUGUGCUGAGGCGAUACCCGAACAACGUACAGCAGUCAUCGCAUCCAAAUACUUUAUCCAAUACAUCUUCGGCGCUUCAGGAAAUGCAGCUAUCGUACCAUUGAUCGAUUCAAUAGGUAUCGGACUUGCCGCUACAAUAGGCGUUAUCUUGGCCAUCAGUGGUGGAAUCUUGGUGUGGACGUUGGCGAAAUAUGGCGGUGAGAUGCAGGCUUUUAUUGAUGGGAAGUUGGGCCAUCAGGUAGAAACUGAUGAUGAAAAGUAAAGCAAGGGACGACUGAGCGAGAAUAUGAAUAUGCCACCGAUCUGUUUAUACGCAGUCCAUGAGUCACUUGGCCAUUGAAAUGGCUGUCGGAAGACAAGAUGUAUUUGACAGACCGCGUCCGUGUUCACUGAAAGUGGCACCCCUGCGUCUUCUCUCUGGCCGACCUCACUAGAAUAAAACUUAUUCUGCAUCUCGAUGGUUGGAAGGCUCCUUGGCAAAAUGAGAUACCGCCACUCUACUUGACCCGAGCCCUGCUCAAGAAUCUCAGACGCCGAACAGUUACCGGAUUAGCUAUG